ACCCCAUUGUGCAGCGGUAAUCUUAUAAAGCUUCGGCAAGCCUUUUCCUGCCGCAAUGUCACACAGCUUGUUCUCUUGCAGUGUCUGCAUAGCUUUCAUUCGAAUAAGUACACGACAUGGCGACAGGCAGUGAUUACAAAGAUCACGAAGUGAUGGGUGGGAAGUUCGACGAUCCGGAGCAACUUGAGGCAGUGCGUCAAGAGGCUUUGCAUCAUGGCCAUCUUUCCGCCGAGGAGCUCGAGAUCGAAAAGAAGCUGCGGAGAAAGAUCGAUGCGCGAAUCAUGCCGGUCCUCAUCACCAUCUACCUAAUGAACUACAUUGACAGAAACAACUACGCGGCGGCACGUCUGCAAGGCUUGGAAGAAGAUCUUGGCCUCACUGGCGAUCAGUACCAGACGGGUCUUUCGAUCCUGUUUGUCGGUUACAUUUUGAUGCAGGUACCGUCAAACAUCAUUCUAAAUUGGGUUGGCCGACCGUCUUGGUAUCUUGGUUGCGCCACCGUCGCUUGGGGCUUGGUGUCCUGCGUAACAUCGCAAGUGCACAACUACUCGGGCAUCGUGGCAGCACGCUUCAUUCUCGGUAUUGUCGAAGCACCGUUCUUUCCGGGCGCUUUGUUCUACCUGAGCAAAUGGUACACGAAGGAGGAACUGGCAAAACGUAACGCGAUUUUCUACGCUGGAUCACUGGUCUCGGGCGCAUUCGGUACGCUCAUUGCAGCGGGAAUCCUAAGUGGAUUAGAUGGAAAGCUUGGACUGGCUGCUUGGAAAUGGCUUUACAUCAUUGAAGGUGCCGUCACCAUGGCUGUUGGUAUCGCAGCAAUAUUCAUCUUGCCCGAUUUCCCUGAGACUUGGAAUGGAUUGACACCGGAGAUGAAGCGCGUGGCCAUCAGGCGCCUAGCAAUCGAUGCCGCAGAAGCAGAUGUUGACGAGGCAGGCGGUAUGAGCCAGAUCAAAGGCAUGAAGCUUGCCUUUACCGAUCCCAAGACAUAUAUCCUCGCCAUCGCUUAUAUGGGUAUCACUGGUUCAGCAGGCUUCCAGAACUUCUUCCCUACCCUCACACAAACCCUGGGAUAUAGCCGCAUCAUCUCCCUGCUUCUGGUCGCACCACCCUACGUCUUCAUGGUUUUCUACUCCUACGGCCACUGCUAUCUCUCCGAUAGCAUGGGCAAACGUUUCUGGUUCCUCGCCUACCCAGUCGCCAUCUCCAUCAUCGGCUUCCUGAUCUUCAUGUUCACCGACGACUUCGGCCCGCGCUACUUCUCCUUCUUCCUGAUGAACUUCGUAUUCGCCCAAAACGGCACAAUCUACGCCUGGAUCUCCAAUGCGAUUCCUCGCCCGCCCGCCAAGCGCGCUGCUGCGCUGGCCUUCAUCAACAGUAUCGGCAACUCGGCAUCCAUCUGGACGCCAUUCACGUACAUUCCCAGCUCCAAGCCGCAUUACCGUCCUGCGCUGGGUGUGUGCAUUGGUCUGCAGAUUCUGAGUUUGGCGUGCUUUGUGAUUAUGAAGCUGUAUCUUGAGCGCCAGAAUAAGCAGAUGGCUCGUAUGGAGAAUGAGGAUGGUGAGUUGACAGAGAAGGAUAUGAAGAAGCUUAGGAAGACGGCGGAGGCAGAGGGGAUUGAUAUCGCGGCUGCGAGGGUGCUGCAGAAGGGCUAUCGGUACAUGAUUUAGAUGUUGACUGUAUGUUCGAGGCCAUAAUGUCGGAAAUGAGAUGACGUGAGAUAAGAACAGCAGUCUGAUACCAGUGCACUUAUAAUACUAGUGCACUUAACUGAGUAAGGGACGUCUAGUCUUGGUCACUGAUGAACUCCUCUGUUUAUAUCAAGACAAGAAAACAUCGAACGACUCUUCCUGUGCUACAUUUCAAAUUUCAAGCCUUCCAUACGCAGAAAACGUAUUUCAGAAGUGACGCGUUUCGGAACGAGGAACAAGAGCCCGAGUCCUUAUCGAGAUUUCAUAUAACUA